AUGGAUUUCCAGCUAUCCACCACAAAACUUGCCUCUCGUGAAUUUCUAGCCAUUGUGCUUGCGGGUUUUGGAAACGAGCAAGUCCACUCGACAUCCAAUUUGCUGCUCCCGCUCACAAGCAACCACGGCGAUGAACCAUGUCCAAAGGCCCUCAUCCCCAUUGCCAACCGGCCCAUGAUCGAUUAUCCAUUAACUUGGCUGGAACAGGCUGGGAUCACUGACGUCCUGCUUAUCUGUCCUACUGCUCACCGGUCGGCCAUAUCUCAUCACAUUCACUCCGACACUUCAUCAUCAUCAUACCCGUCGCUCCGUGUUGAUCUACAGACUUUUGAUGAGUCCGAGGAAACUUCCCCCGGAACGUGUGCCAUCCUCCGACACUUUUCCAGUCGCAUCCACAAAGAUUUCAUUCUUCUUCCAUGUGACCUCGUCCCGCCAGAGUCUCUGCCUCUGACUACCCUCCUUAACAAAUUUCGAAUAGAAUCUAACGUGGAUGGCUCAAUAAUGACUUCUUGCUGGUUUGAGGGGUCGCGUCCUGAUAAGAGCACCGUUCCGGAGGAAUGGGGCUCUUCAGAUUCGAUAACACCUAUCAUCUGGGAAGAUCAUCUUGGAACACUUUUGCACGUAGACACGCUAGAUGAUGCUGACCGGAACUCGGAGGAGCUAGAGAUUCGAAUGGCUCUCCUGUCGAAAUAUCCCAAGACGAAUCUAUCCUCACAUUAUCGAGACUCGCAUGUCUACAUCUGCAGGCGCGCAGUACUCGACGUGCUCCAACAAAAACCCGGUUUUGAAUCUUUCCGAGAAGAGUUUGUCCCAUGGCUGUGUAAACUUCAUUAUCAACGGACGAGGCACCAUAAAUACAGUCGUGUCAUGUACCCAAUUUCUAAUAACGUCUCGCAAGCGAUGUCUCUGCGCCAUUCUACCCUCCAACCACGCGCAACGCGUGUCAAGGUUUCUCAUAUGUCGGGCCUUGCAAAUCAAUCCGACUCCCCCUCUCAAAAACUCCUCUCCUUAUCCAUGCCUCCCUCGCCAACGGACACAGACGACGACGAGGCAUUACCCGCGAGCAUGCGCGUUGGGCUCGUCGUUCAUCGCAGCUCAGCCGGGCUCGUGGGGCGGGCGAACGACCUACUGACACUACUCGAUCUCAAUCGCCACUUCCUCGGGAAGUCGCCUUACGCUCUGCCGACAGACCCAGAAAAUCGCUCUCUUAUCGACGCGAAGUCACAAAUUUCAAGUGACUCAAUGAUCGGCGAUUCGACGCGUGUCGGUGAGCGCACCAGUAUCAAGCGUUCGGUUGUCGGAAAUCAUUGCGUCAUCGGAAAGAUGGCUAAGAUCGUCGGAUGUGUCUUACUGGACCAUUGUGUUGUCGAGGAUGGGGCUAAACUCGACGGAUGUAUUCUAGGGAAGGACACGAAGAUUGGCGCAAAAGCUGAGCUUGUGCGCUGUCUAACCCAGGCAGGCUACGAAGUAGACGCUGGCGGAACUUACAAGAACGAGAAGCUUGAAGUGUCUGAUUGGACUGCAGCACCCGAUGAGGAUUCUGAUUCAGAAGGAGAAAGCAACGAGUCAGGCAACGGCAGCGACGAUAGCGAAGAAUGA